GGUUUAGUCCUGAAGCGACCUGAUCCCCCCACUACUCGAAACAACUUCAGCACCAUGAGCAACAGCGCAGACAGCCUUGUGAUCUCGUCGGACAAGACUCAUCCCGCCAAUCUGAUUCCGGAGCUUUGCCGCUUGUUCUACAAGGUUGGCUGGGUUACUGGCACUGGCGGUGGAAUCAGUAUCCGCAAAAAUGACCAUGUAUACAUUGCGCCAUCAGGUGUCCAGAAGGAGCGCAUGCAACCCGAGGAUCUUUUUGUGCUCGAACUCGCCAACCGCCAAGUCGUGCGAAAGCCCCUGGUGUUGAAGCCUUCAGCCUGUACGCCACUCUUCUAUAACGCCUACACUAUGCGUGAUGCGGGUGCAUGCAUCCACACGCACUCUCAGCAUGCUGUCAUGGCAACGCUUUUGUAUCCCGGCAAGGAAUUCGUGAUCACCCAUCAGGAGAUGAUCAAGGGUAUCCGCAAGGGAAUGAGCAAGGAGAACCUGCGAUAUUUUGAUCGUCUGGUCGUGCCAAUUGUCGAGAACACUGCGGAAGAGGAGGACCUGACAGAUAGGAUGGCAAAGGCCAUGGAAGAAUAUCCUGACACCUGCGCCGUUCUUGUCCGUCGUCAUGGAGUCUAUGUCUGGGGAGAAUCGUGGGAGAAAGCCAAGUGCAUGGCUGAAUGCUACGAUUAUCUCUUUGAAAUUGCUGUAAAGAUGAAGAGCAUCGGUAUCGAUCCCGCCGAGAAACCUGCAGAUUCGCCGUACUAGUCGAACGACUUUUUUUUUUUAAAAAAAAGCGGAAACGCAUCAUUGAAUAAAAUUGCAUGGUCUUUGUCUACAUUCAAA